CCGUGUUGCUGACUUCUAACUCGUACAUAGACUCUGAGUUCCAGCGAGGCUUUUUAGCGAAAGGUGAGAGUGACCUGGUUGAAAAUAGAGGAGAGAGCUUGUUGGUGUUUUUUUCUUCUUUUUGUCACGACUGACUCCAUACGAUCAAAACAGGGCUUUGAACUUAUUUUUUGUGGAGCAAGCCACACACUACUACUUACAACAGAACGAGUGAAUAUUCGUGUGUAUAUACCCGCGCCGCGCGCCACAGCAAAUUCAAAGCUUUAAGAAACAAAGGAGGAGGGAGGAGGAGCAGCAGGGAUGGAUCGGAGGAGGGGAGCGAAGAUCGCGUAUAUCAAGGAGAGGCGCUCCGUGAUGUUUACGACCAAGGAGGUUCCUCUGGCACUGGCACGCUUGCAGCACCAGCCUCAGCCGGUGGCCAGGAAGAAGCCCGAGCACUGGUACCGCAAGAAAUUCAAGGAGCGCGAGCAGCAACUGGAAAAGCAGAAGAAGAGCGCGUGGAGGAUCAAUGACUUGCGGGCCAACAAGAAUGGAUUCCACCACGAUGUCUACUGGAUCACACAGGACCUCUACCGUGGGAACUGGAGGCUCAACAAGAAAGAAGGGAGUGGCAUCCAAAGCUAUUGCACGGGCAAUCGGUACGAGGGCGACUGGAAGAAAGAUCGAAGAGAAGGAUAUGGUACUUUCUACAUCCGGGAAGAUGGAAAGUACAGAGUUGUCUACAAAGGCUACUGGAAAUCGGGGAACUUGCACGGGCCUGGCUACCUUCACUGCGCUUAUGGCGAAGUGUACGAAGGCGACUUUGAGCGCGGCGUUCGCAGUGGCUAUGGCCGACAGACGUACUAUUGCCCCCAAAGUGGGAGAUAUCACGUCUACGUUGGCCAGUGGCGGGAUGACAAGCGCGAAGGCACGGGAACACUGACAAUGGUGAAUGGCGAUGUGUAUGAGGGGUGUUUUUCCAACGACAAGAAGCAUGGCAAGGGUGUGUUCUAUUACACAACCUCCAGGUGUAGAUACGACGGGCUGUGGAGGGAGGAUGUUGCGAUUUGCGGGACUUACUCGAAGCUGGAAUCCGACUACGAGUUUAAGACACCACUACCACACCUCGAGCUGAGAAAUGCCGAUACCUUCGCGAGCUGUCUCAUUGACAAAAUCGUCCAGGAUGACGGGCUCCAAAUUCCUUCUUGCUGAUCCAGAGAAGUUGGGAAGUUUUGUUUGUCUUCUUUUUUUCUUACACUAGGCGAUAUAUAGAUAUGCUUACAAACGAAAGAAAGAGAGCUGGAAGAGUACGUUUUCUCGCGAAA